CACAGGUAAAUGUCCUUUCUCUCUAAUGCAUUGGUGGUGCCACUCACAACGAGCCGCUCUUCUUUACUGCCAGGACGCGCAUGUCACGCGUAGUCGCAGGGGACUCCAUGUCCGUAGCAGUAUGACUGGCUACACCCAGUCCUCUGACGCGCGCAUGCGCUUCAGGUCACACGACACGGGCUUGCAUUUCCCCACCGUAUUCGCCCACCCUGCCCCAUCCUUUGCCACUCACCCUUUUCCAUUCCCCGCUCCCAUCCCCUUCUCCCUUCCUACCUGGGCGUCCACCUCGACGCCAGUACUGGCCCCUCAUCGUCGAAUACCGCAUGCGCCCUCAUCGACUCCCACUCCCGUCCUUGAGAUACCGACAGGGCCGGUCAGCCCCGCCCUGGAAGAGUCCCCGUCCCCUGCGACCCCCGCCGCACCUCCAACUACCGCAGCCCCCGCCUCCUCUACC